AUGACAGCAGAAGUCACACUGUCAAAGCAGGAGCGCUACGCUCUAAUCACACGUGGGAUUGAAGAGAUAAUUGGAGGUGAAUCUAUUCAACAGGUUCUGGACGCGAAUGAACGCCCCCUCCGCUGUUACUGGGGUACCGCCCCCACUGGCCGCCCCCAUGUUGGCUACUUGGUUCCUCUCACCAAGCUUGCUGACUUUCUGCGUGCAGGUGUCCAGGUCAAAGUGCUUUUUGCUGAUAUUCAUGCAUUCCUUGAUAACAUGAAGGCGCCUAUUGAGCUGGUAAAGCAUCGCGCCCAUUAUUAUCAGCAGAUCCUUACAUGUGUCAUGAAGUCGAUUGGCGUACCUACGGAACGUCUUACCUUUGUAAUGGGCUCCUCUUACCAACUUACUGAAAAGUACAAUUUUGACGUGUAUCGUCUAGCCGCCAUGGUAACAGAGCACGAUGCCAAAAAGGCCGGUGCCGAGGUUGUGAAGCAGGUGGCUAGUCCGCUCCUCAGUGGUCUGCUUUAUCCUGGUCUACAGGCUCUGGACGAGCAGUAUCUUGAUGUCGACUUUCAGUUUGGCGGUCUUGAUCAGCGUAAGAUUUUUAUGUUUGCUGAGCAGUACUUACCAAAACUCGGCUACCAGAAGCGCGCACACAUUAUGAAUGGCAUGGUGCCAGGCAUGAACGGCUCAAAAAUGUCUUCAUCUGAUACAGACUCCAAGAUUGACUUCCUCGACUCACCAAGUGAGGUGUCGAAGAAAAUUAAGGCUGCUUAUUGCAUGGAAGGUGAAGUGGAAGAAAAUGGCGUCUUGGCUUUUGUUGGUGCUGUGUUGAUGCCAAUUGCUCGUGUUCGUGCUGAAAUGAUGGACAAGCAUACCCGAUUGGAAGGCCAAUCCCGCUCAUUUAUUCCUGAUGAGGCUCCUGAGGGCACUCUUUUUAGCAUUAUGCGUCCGGAGAAGUUUGGAGGUCCUCUUCACUAUGUCUCGUACGAUGAUCUUGUGAGGGACUUUAAGGAAAAGAAGCUUCAUCCUGCUGACUUGAAGCCGGCGGUCGCAACCGCUUUGAAUACUUUGCUUGAACCCGUACAGAAGCUCUACGAGACGGAAGAAUUUAAGAAGAUCAAAGCGCUCGCAUACCCCGACGAGGAACCAAAGGCCAAAAAGGUCAAAGCCAAGAAGCUCAACCCUAUGAUUGCGCCAUACUUCACAAAGGAAGAGGGUGGUUUGGCUGAAUCGCCUGAAGAGGCGGCCGCCAAUGCCAAAGCUGCCGGUUUUGAAUACAAGCAGCGCAAGGGAAAGAAAGGAAAUGCUCAAAAGCAGGAUGAUUCUGCUCAAGCUGAAGCAGAUGCCCCCACGGAAGCACUGCAGAACCUGUCCGUUCAUCCAUAG